UUGUCAGUUAUUUGUCUCUGUAAAAGUACCUAGCCUUGAAAGGGAACUGCCUGUCCUGGGCCUGAAGAUAUUGCAACAUUAAUUUACAGAAGCACUUUCUCCUACGAUGUCUGAUGAAGUGACCUAUGCAACGCUUAUGCUUCAGGAUUCUGCAACAGUGAGAAGUAAUCAGGACGGAAACAACCUAAGAAAAAAAGAACACCCAGUUCAAUCCUCUAUUUGGCGAGGUGCUGCCUUGAGCCUGAUGACCCUCUGCCUGUUGCUGGUGACAGGACUGGUGACCUUGGGGAUUAUAUUUUUGCAGAUGUCUAAAGAUAUUAACUCUGAUUCAGAGAAGUUGAACCAACUCCCGAAAAUCAUCCACCCACAGCAGGACAAUCUGUCUGAGCCACUGAACAUCUCCAGGAAGGGUUCCUCAGAGGACUAUCUCCAGUUCCAGAUCUCUGCCCUCCUGGAGAGACAGGGGCAGAUGGCUAUCAAGCUCUGCAAGGAAUUUCUCAUCCACACCUCUGACCAUAAGUGCAAUCCUUGUCCCAAGAGCUGGCAAUGGCAUGGAAACAGUUGCUAUUAUUUCACACUCCAUGAAGAGAAAUCCUGGAGUGACAGCAGAAAAGACUGCACAGACAAGAAUGCCACUCUGGUGAAGAUUGACAGCCUCAAAGAAAGGGAUUUCCUUCAGUCACAGCCAUCGCUCACGCUCUCUUUCUUUUGGCUGGGAUUGUCCUGGAACUCAACUGGCAGGCACUGGCUAUGGGAAGAUGGUUCGUCUCCCUCUCCAGCCUUGUGAUGCCUGAUUGGCUUCUGGAUUAGCUUCAGGGUGCAGAGGUUAUGUGACAAGUGUCCUGACAAAAUCUACUGUCGAGGAGUCUCGACGACAGUGUUGAAAGCACACAUCAAAUCUCUACAAUUUGGGAAACUGAAGCUUUGCAACUAUUUAAAAGGUGAUACUUUUCUCCUGGCAUCUUGUAUCUUUAAUGCCUAUCUCAUGGUCACUCUGACUUUUACCCUGGUUCGAAAAGAAACUUUGUCUAACCUCACCGAGGCUCUGGAUUUUGAUAAG